GCUACUUGAAAUUAUAUUAUUCUUUGUGAUUGUUUUUCAAAUUAAAAUAUUGUCCUCAAUUAACAAUUUCUACAAGAUUCGUGAAAGUGUUUACAUACUAUUUAUUAUUUUCUUUUUUUCUCCUUCAUAUUUACAUUAAAAAAAAAAAAUUUAUUAUAUUGUUUAGUUCAUGGAAACAAACAAUUGUUGCAGAUUUUGUGCAGAAGUUGAAAAGGUACUUCGUGAAGUAUGCUUGUUAGAAGUGGUAGCAUCCACAUUGAUCAUUUGCUUGCUGGAAUAUUAUUGUAUAACGGAAUGGGAGAACAACGAUCGGAUUGCAACUAUAACAUACGUCAUCCUGUUAAUUGCAUUCACUUUUAACAUAUUUAUAUUUUGUUAUAUUGGUGAAUUAUUGGUCGAUCAGGUAUAUCUUUUUAUAAUUUUUCAAUUAUACAAAUUAUUUUACAAAAUGAAAUCUUUUGAAAUUUUAACGACAGUGCAAAAAAGUUGGUGUUGCAUCGUACAACAUCGAAUGGUAUCGUUUACCAAAAAACCUUGGCCUAAAUUUGAUCCUAUUAAUAGCAAUCUCGAAUUGUCCAUCAAAGAUAACAGCUGGAAAAUUCUUCGAACUAUCACUUUUCACAUUUGGCAGUGUAAGUAAACAUUCAAAUCAUAAAAUGUACGAACAAUUCAAAAAUAUAUCUUAUUUUUUUUAUUUAUGAAUGAAUCUUCAGGUACUAAAAACUUCCGUCGUUUAUCUCAACCUGAUUCGAACGAUCACAGAUUAAAAAACUGAAAAAAAUCAACUUGACAACAUACGAUUUUUUAUCAUACACAUUUUUAAUUAACAUACGAUUCAUCAAGUUUGUAUUCAUCCUAUGAUAAAUUAUAAAUUAAUUCA